AUGGGCAACCGAUUUGACACAUUUUUGAAGAUUUUGGCUUUGACUAUAAUCUCAGGCUGCCUUCUAUCCAGUUCUAAUUUUUGGAACUCGUCGAACCAAAAUGGAUCCAAUUACCCCCUUGCCCCAGAACACGGCCCGGAGACAAUACAGAAGAAUGCGUCCAUAGCGAUAGCUACCACAGUUCUACACCCUGGGCUUACGCUCCCGGACUGGCUUGAUUAUCAUCUCCGGUGGGUACAGCAUGUAGCAAUAUACAUGGACGACCCACAUGAGCGGCCGUUAUUUGAGCGCCUUUGUGGUGAUAGGCCAGUCACACUCCUAGAAGGUUCACAAGUUGAACCUACCAUGACACCAGAAAGCCGCCUCAUCCGACGUCAGAUGGCUAAUAUGAAACAUGCAAUCGCCUAUCUGAUGAAUCAUGGCUAUACCUGGCUUCUCCACAUGGAUCUGGAUGAGUUGCUCAAUGGACCUCUAAUAGAGUCACGCGCCUGGGCUAGGGACCUUCAAAUAGGUCAUGUCACUUUUACAAAUCACGAGGCGCUUCCAGUCGACUUUGAGACCUCAGAACCGUUCAAAGACUGCACGCACUUUUGGGUUAACGGUGUAGACCGCAAUGCCAACUUUGCUGCUUAUGGAAAUGGCAAGAGCGCAGUCCGCCUCGGACCAUACGUUGAGCCAAGCGGACCCCAUCUGUUCUCCGGUUACGCUGGCCGUGCAAUCAAACCCUCAGGUGAAGAGGCGAUGAUAUUGCACUACCCAUAUCCCUCUUACAACAGCUGGCUCCGCAAGUUUGAUUUCUACGGCCGCUUUUCUGACAACUGGUUUGGCGACCGCCAUGCGCCUAAGAUCAUAGACUUCAUGUUGCAAUCAAGAGACGUGAUUCAGAUGGCCCAUAAGACCAAUGACUGGGCCAGUGCCAGAGCAUUCUUCAACCGGCGAGUCCUUGAUCCCAAAUCAAGGGAAGAGGCCAUUUCCCAGGGCAAGAUACGUCGAUACACGCCGUUUGCGAAUCUUUGA